AUGCGCUUUGAUCAGGAUCCAGAACGCUCUCCUUCACCCGUAUCUUCAUCAUCGGAUAAUGAAGAUAUUGAUAAUGAUGUCGAAGAUGAAAGUGAAUUAUCAGAAAGUAUGGCUGAAAAAGAAGCUGAGUUAAAUCGUACACAACAGUUGAUCGACGAACGAAAUAAACAAGUCGAAGCAACAAUUAUGGAACUUCGUCUAAUCAAUGAUCUAUUACGGCAGAUUGAAACUCUUACACAUAAUGAUACAGAGUCAAAACGCUGA